CUGUGCAAAAAAAGUCGGUUCCGUUGACCAAUAAUAGCAAAUAUUUAUUAUUCUUACUCAAGUAUAAUAGAUUUAUAUGUGAACUAUUGGUCGUAACUUAACUUUUUUCUGACUUCCAGACGAAAGUGUCUUGAAUCUCAAGUUCCGUUCUUGUUUACGAUCUUCCAAUUGUGCUGACACUUUGAAAAUAGCCGCUUCUCUGUUUACAAGUGGGUAUGUACAUGUAUGCGUGUGUGAGCAUGUUGUUUGGAAUUGGUUGGAAUAUUGGAAAUGAUUGCCAAUGGAAUUCAGUCGGUUUCGCGCAUAUUGAAAGUUGGAACGUAGGAUUUUAAAAAUAUUGGACUGGAUUGCAUUUUGGAUUGAAGACCCUUAACUUGCUGUUCAACUGAGGCGAUGUACAACGGCGCUACAUCCAAUUCCGAUUCGAGUGAGAUGUCGGCACGCAAGGAGAAACGAGACAUACAUUACUGGCGAAAACAGGCAGCCACCUUGCCGGAUUUUGUGCCGCCGUGGAAGCGGGAACAGGAUUUGCAGCAGCUGCAACAUCGAGCCUCGAUCCUGUGGUCGCCGCAACUGCAGGACCAAGAUGACAAGGCUGUUCGCGAAUACCUUGACUAUGCGGCCAGUCUCUAUGAUAUCGAGGAGGAGCAGGCGCUGUUCAUCCUGCGGCGUCACGGAUACGACCUGCCCCUGGCACAUCGACGUCUGGAGAAGACUGAGACAGCUCGAGGAUGUCGCUACCAUCGCUGGAAGGCCGAGGAUCUCAUCCGUCUUACCAAGGCCUUCGAGCAAUACGGCACCGACUUCGCAAAGGUACGAAAGGAGCUACCCCACUUUCCUCUGGCCGAGCUUCGACUGUACUUCUCCUUCAUGUCCUCGGCGUUGGAGACAGAUGACCAACAGGCCAUCCAUAGAUGAUGCUUUGAAUCGGCAUUCGUGAAUUAAUCCCACAUGGACUGUAUCUUCCAAGCGCAUGGUUAUUUGGAUUAUGAUAGUAUUCAAGCUAUUCAUUGACCAACGAUUGAUAUUAAUCACUAUCUAUUCAACGUAAAAUGCUUUAAGUGUUAUUUGUAUUUUUCUAAAAAUUCACGUGUUCAAAAAAACCACACAAAAUAAUAGGUAUUUAAAUGUAUUCAAGGUCAUAUUGAAAUAAGACUAUCAACUUCAUAAAAAAGGCCUUGAAUAGUAGGUAGGAUUCUCAGUAUUCAUAAUUAAAUGAUAAUAUAACAAUUAUAUCAACUGUUGAUGCCAACCAAAAACGCAUAUUUAGUUGACAAAUGAAAAGAAAGCAUGUUGUGUAAAUACUUUUGACCACCUCUGUAUAAUAAAAUAUACACAUUUUACAGUUUUUUGGUAAAAUAAU